CCGUGAGAAUGGAAGUGGCUGGAUGUGGCAACGAGGUUGAAGAAGGUGGGCGUCGACAGAGAGGCCGAUCGGUGCGGGAAGAAGUGGGACAAUCUGAUGCAGCAGUUCAAGAAGGUUCAUCAUUUCCAAGGACUGUCCGGGAAACAGGACUUCUUCCAAUUGUCUGGGAAGGACAGGAUGUCGAAGGGCUUCAGUUUCAAUAUGGAUCGUGCGGUUUAUGACGAGAUACUAGGGUCGACCGCAAAGAACCACACCAUAAACCCGAAGAACGCCGCAGACACUGGCGCUCAGGGUGGUGUGCGUCUGCCAUCCGCCUCUUCAGCGGAUCCUGAAUCUGUGCGCGACGGGGACAGUGGUGCAGCGCACGACGACGACGACGACGGGUCCACCAAAGGUUCUUCGCACACGACGGGUGGCGCAGGCGGUUUUGGCAAGAGGAAGAGCACAAGGCGGCAAACAUUUGAGGCAAUGACGGAGUGCAUGGAGAAGCAAGGGGCGUUAAUGGCGUCAACGAUGGAGAGCAACAGCAAACGUCAUUGCUCCAUCGCCAUACGUCAUUGCGAGGCGCUGAAAGCGGAGAUCGAAAUCCUCGCCUUCGUCGUCCAGAUUGUCAUCGUCACCGCGGGUGCGUCUUGUGCCAUGUCCUCACGCACUUCCGCACGCGGCAAGGCCGCCGCCAACCUCUCACAACAACCUCCGACCCGAGAGAAGAAGGGCCGCCACAUGACCAGCAAGAAGAGGAAGAUCCUCGAAGGCGCCCCGGCACAUGGAGGUUACGUGCUGGAUGAAGAGUGGGUGCCGGAGGACGUGGCGACGCAGGAGGGGACGAAUUUCGAAGACUCUGACGACAUGCCGUUGCAGCGGAAGUCGUCCAAGCGGGGGAGUGGCGGCGUCCGCAUAGACGACGCUGGCGAAAGACGACGCGCAGGAGGGCGGCCAGCACCGGAAGAUGUCCUCGACAUUGACGCCGCGAUGGCAGCCAGAGAAGGCGGGGGAAAUCGCGCGCCACUGCCACGGGUGAAGGCAGGCGAUCUUGCAGGGGAGGGGGACGACGACGAAGCAUUGGUGAACAGGCUGCGCCAGCAGAAUACGCGGGAAGGAAUGGAGGUGGCGGCGAAGCUGUGGGUGGAUGACCUCCACUUCUGGAACGAGAGGGAGGGAUUUGCCAUCAUCAAGUUGAUCGCGGAGGCGCGCGGUUAUCUUGUGGCUGUGGUGCGGGGAGAGCAGCCUCCGCUCAUUCGUCGCAGCAUCGUCUUGCCUCACAACAGCAUCCCGCAGCACAAGAUCGCGGACGAGUCGGAGUUAAACGCUGCGAAGGAGAGGGCGCUGAAGGUUCAGCGGAUCGCUUUGCGGGUGAUACACGGGUGGGUCUUCAAGUCUCAGAACAGGCAAAGGGGGUACCACGCGGCGUACCAGUACGCACUCAACCACGCGGCCACCGACAUCGCUUGCGCGAUGUGGAUGGGGGAGGACUGGCGUUAUUGUGUGAGUCUGAUGGUCGUCCACCACACGCUCGACAUGGAUAUGAAGUUGCCUUUGUGGUUCGUGGGCGCCGAUGUCGAAGACAGGCACGAGGACGACGGCUUGGCAACUUAUCACGAGGCGAGCAACCAGCGACGAGUGGGGGCUUUCACGAGCGCCGUGAUCAUUGUGGAGGCGACGGACGGCGACCGUGUAUCGCACGAAAGGUUGAAGACCAUGGCCGACGUGAUGCGGAUGAUGCUCGCGGCGACCAUGUGGCUCAUGCGGAUGGCGGGUGAGGAUCAUCGCGCGCAUUACGACGCCUGGGUCUUCGUCCAACUCACGGCGAACCCGACACUCGUCGCAUCCAUGCAUCGCUACUUCGAUGCGCGUCGGCACAUCGUGCAAGCUGCGACCGUAAUCACCGACAAGUUGGCGAGUCCCCCCAUCACUUUGAUCGACCCUCCAAUGUAUGUUCCCGACUGGGCGUCCAUCGGUGUGAAGUUCUCACAUGACACCUUGUUGUCUUCCCCGAUGGAGGCGAAGAAGGUGGAUUGGCUGGGCACAGGCCCCCCGGAAGACAAAGACGACGGGAAAGGCGACGAACAGGGAAGCGGGGGGGGUCGAUGACGCCUUUUAGUCGUCUACGUAGUUUUUCCUCGCGUGAUGCUGCUCUGCCGUGGCUUGUUUUUCGAC